AGAGAUGUUUAUGAUGCUCCUGAUACCCUGUUCAUCUAUCUCACUGUACCUUGCACAAGGUGACGCUCUAUCAAUAAGCUAGUUCAAUGUCUUCACUCCUUGCUAUUGAGCAGCAUGAGAUGCCUAAGCCACGCCAUUGGCCGAUGGAGAAGCUGCCCACGCCCGUGUUUCCAGCUCCCUUGACUAAAUUCAGCGCGCUCUUGAUCUCCUUUCCCCUCUCGCAAGAACCAAAACAGCGACAAUGCGUCGCCACCUCAACCAUCCUGCCCACAGGGCCCGCAGACCUCGCCCCUCUCUCCUUUCUGGAGUAGAGACCCUCCGCCGCCUCGAGGUGGCUCGCUUGUUGCGCCGCCUCAGGGCACAAGCAGCACCUGAGCACCUCUGGAGGCUCUGGUCGGCUUCGGCCACCACCCUGUCAUCUCUCUGGGGUCUGGGUAGCGCCCAUAGCCAGGGCACCCUGCCUCACCUCCCACCUCCCGGCCUGGGCACGGCCACCACUCCUCCCACGGCACCUCGCCCUCGCAAGGCAGUGCCUGUGCCCGGCUUCCGUGGCCGUCUGCCUCCCUCGCAGGCAGUCGGCCAGGAGGGCGAUCCGGUAACUCCGGAGAACCCUCCUACCACUGUGUACGGAGCCCCCUGAGCCACAAUGAGCCCAAGGCUGAAGAUCAAGGAGAAGAAGAGGAAGAAGGGAAAGAAAGCCCUGUCCUGAUGGACGUAAAUCAUCCGACCACGGGUCGUUAAACAUGUAUAAAUCAAUCUCCGUUCGCCGC